GCCGACUCCCCAUCCUUGAGGGCCACGAACAUUCCCAUCUGCUGGUUGUUGGCCCGCCCUCCGGAUGUGGUUAGUUGUGCGCAGACUGAAGCACUCUAGGCGCGGCUUAGCAGUUCCCUGCAUGCGACCACUCGCUUCAAAUUAAUAUAUCCACCUUCCAAAGAUCGCCAUCACAGUGUCUUGAUUGGCGGCUCCCACGCCAAUGGGAUAGUUAUCGGGUUGCGAGGGUCAGCGAAACGGCUGAGGCCGUGAUAGCAGGGGUGCAGGUGAGUUGCCUGCGCAGGCCGUGCGCGUGUUGUAUCACCAAAUCUCGCCGGCGGUUGCUCGGCUGCAUAAUGCAGUAUAAAGACAGACGCUCCUCCAUCCUGGCAUAGACCCUUUUUCUCACCUUUUUGCAAGUAGCAAUAAUGGCUAUCGAAGAAGCCCCCGUUUAUGAUGCCGAGAAGGGUCAUGCCCCACCGCGCGUCUCCACAAGCUCUGACGAAGGAGUUGUCGUGGGCGAGAAUGGCAAGCUUAAACGUGGUCUCCAAGGGCGCCAUAUGCAAAUGAUUGCCAUCGGUGGUGUCAUCGGAGCAGGUCUUUUCGUCGGAUCUGGUAGUGCGCUUUCCAAAGGUGGUCCAGCCAGUGUUUUGAUAUGCUUCAUGCUUAUCGGUGUCAUGAUUAUGCUUAUGAUGCAAGCGCUCGCGGAGAUGGCUGUAUUGUACCCGGUGAACGGAGCGUUUUAUCAAUACAUCGUGCGUUUCGUUGACCCCUCAUGGGGUUUUGCGAUGGCUUGGGAAUACGCAAUCCAAUGGCUUACCAUGCUGCCUUUCGAGAUCACCGCCGCGGCUAUUACGAUCGAGUUCUGGGGACACUACAAUAUCGCCAUCUGGAUCGCUGUGUUCUUGACGGUCCUCGCAGUUGUGCAGAUCUUCGGAGUUCGCGGAUACGGCGAAGUUGAGUUCGCUCUGAGUAUCAUUAAGAUCACGGCUUGCAUCGGGUUCAUCAUCUUUGGCAUCAUCGUCAACUGCGGAGGUGUGCCGACCGACAACCGUGGAUACAUUGGCGCCAGGUACUGGCAUUCGCCCGAAUCGGCAUUCCGCAAUGGUUUCAAAGGAUUCUGCUCCGUCUUCGUGACAGCUUCUUUUGCCUACGGAGGUACUGAGAUGACCGGCCUUGCUGCUGCCGAGGCCGCCAACCCAAAACGCGACAUCCCACGGGCAACUAGACAAGUCUUCUGGCGAAUCUUCUUCUUCUACGUGGUCAACUUAUUCGUCCUCGGUCUUAUUAUCCCGUCAAGUUCGGAGACGCUGCUUUCCGCGUCUGGCGCUAACACCAAGUACUCGCCAUUUGUGCUCGCCAUUACCAUGGCUGGCGUCAAGGGCCUACCUUCAGUCUUCAACGCAGUCAUCACGAUAUCCGUCAUCUCUGUCGCAAACUCAGCCACAUAUGCAUCAACUCGUACUAUUCAAGCCAUGGCUGCCCAAAACAUGGCCCCUAAGUUCCUGGCCAAGGUCGAUGGCAAGGGCCGACCCAUGCCCACAAUCAUCCUCCAGUUGCUCUUCGGUCUCCUGGCUUUCAUCAAUGAGGCUUCCACCACCGGUGACAAAGUCUUCACCUGGCUUCUCGCCCUCUCCGGUAUUGCCAACUUCUUCAUCUAUGGUAGUAUCUGCCUGGCACACAUCCGUUUCAGGCAAGCAUGGAAGCUACAAGGCCAUAGUCUGGACGAGCUUCCGUACAAAGCUUCCUUUGGUGUCAUGGGUAGCUACGUCUGCGUUGCCCUGAACUUUAUCUGUCUCAUGGCCUCGUUUUACUCUAGCCUCUUCCCCCUCGGCGGUGAACCCGACGCAGAGGUCUUCUUCGAAGGAUACAUCGCCCUUCCGCUCAUUAUCCUGUUAUACGUCAUGUGGAAGGGCUGGUCGUGGUCCAGAUAUCCCUCGCACCGCAAGCUUUGGGUACCCAUCUCGGAGAUCAACGUACUGGAGGGUCUGCGCGAGGAGCAGCUGCUCAUAUCUGGCGCAGAUGUAUCGGCAGAGGCAAGGAGGGCAAGUAUCUCGGAGUCGCAGCAGGCGAAGAAGAAGGGUCCUCUUGGAUAUGCCAGGCAUGCAAUCUCGGGUCUUUUCUAG